AUGGGGGAGAUGUUUCGAGGCCGAGAAAUGUCGCUUGGGCAAAUCAUAGUCCCGACGACGAUAUGUAUAGAGACUGCUGAGCGUUUAGGCCGUCUUGGGUUGAUUCAAUUUUACGACUUGAACGAUAACACGUUAAGCUUUGAUCGAAGGUUUGUCAACGAAAUUAAACGAUGUGAAGAAAUUGAACGGAUCCUUCGAGUCUUUGAAGAGACAUUGCACUUUGAGGAAGACCGCCCGGGAUUUAAUAAACUUUUUAAACGAACCAAACUACUUGAAGAGAAGUCUUUGUUUAUUGGACAACAAGAGAAUGAAACAUUGUCGUCGGAACAAUUAGUUCUCGAACUCACGCGACAAGAAAAUGAAUUGAAACAAAUGACUUCUGAUGUAGCGACUGCUGAACGCGCGAUAGACACUGUUAAAGAGUCGAUUAAAGUGACUGAAGUGAUCGGGGAUAUGUUAGGUGAGAUGAAAGACUUAAUGAUAGCAGAUACAUUGAAAUAUGUAGUUGGUGUAUGUGAUGCCAAUCGAUGGGAAACGUUACGACUUUUAAUAUGGAGAGUCUCACGAGGAUUUGCAAUAGUUCGGUCGACGGGGUUAGACACUGGAAGAACCGUAUUUGCCAUAUUUGUUCAAGGCGAUGAAGUAUUAGCCAAAUUACAUAUGGUCUGUUCAAUGGCCACGGUUCGAAUGUUUGACAAAAUCCCAAUAGAAACAUCAGAAAGAACACAAUUCUUCAUCGAGAGAGAAAAGGAACUUUCAGAGAUGUCAGACAUCUUCACUGGAGCUUUGGAAACCAAAAGACAGUGCUUGAAAAUUAUAGCAGAUAAUAUUAAUAUGUGGAAGAGUACAAUUGCUAGAGAACGCGAUGUCUACUUCACUUUAAAUAUGUUCCACGUCGACGCAGGACAUUCCCAUUUGUGCGGAGAGGGGUGGUUCCCCACUGACCAAUUUUCAACUAUCACAAGUGCUCUCGAAGAGGUUUCAGGCCCUAUUAAACCACUUUUUGGAGUCAUUCAACCUGGGCCUGGGAUAGUUCCACCAACGUUUAUAGAAACGUCACAAUAUUCUCAGUCUGCACAAGAUUUGUGUGAGUCGUAUAGUAUUCCAAAAUAUGGAGAAGUGAAUCCUGGGUUUCUUUAUUUGGUCACAUUUCCAUGGCUCUUUGGGAUCAUGUUUGGAGAUGUUGGUCAUGGUAUCAUAGUGACACUCUUUGCAUUAGCACUCAUUGUUUUCCAACGAAAGUUAAAGAGUAUGGAACUCAACGAAAUCGUGUUGAUGUUGUUUGAUGCGAGGUGGAUGCUCUUAGCGAUGGGGAUGUUUUCAAUUUAUGUUGGACUGCUUUAUAACGAGUGUUUUGGUAUUGCAUUUGACAUCUUCGGAACUGCAUGGGACAAACAAGGCGAACAAUAUUAUGAGAAGAGUUCAAGUGGGUAUGUGUAUCCGUUUGGAGUUGAUCCCAUUUGGAAGAGUUCGAAUAAUGAGUUAUACUUCUAUAAUUCACUGAAAAUGAAAUUGGCGAUAUUAGUCGGUGUAGUGCAGAUGACUGUUGGUAUUUGGAUCUCAUUGAUCAACCACAUUCACUUCAAAAACUUGUUAGAUGUGGUCUUUAGGUUCAUGCCAGAAAUCACUUUCAUGACAUGUACCUUUGGCUAUUUAUGUUUCUUAAUACUUGUGAAAUGGAUCCAUUUCAUUCCGAAUGCUCCAAUGAUCACAAACGUCUUCUUGGAGAUGUUCCAGAACUAUGGCGUAGUCACUCCACCUAAUCGCAUGUAUGCGGGACAGAGUGGGAUACAACCAAUAUUAUUUGUAUUAACAGUCAUCUCUGUGUUGUUAAUGUUAAUUCCAAAGCCUAUCAUUGUCAUCCUUUUGAAAAGGAAAGACCGAAUGCGAGUGGAGAAUGGUGAAAAUAAGGAUGAUUAUUAUCAAGAAUUUAAGCCUGAAAACAACGACUUUAUAGUGGAGAAUGCAUUUGAUAAGCCCGAAGACAUCCCAUAUUUGGAAAAGACUCAAAAUUUCGAAAUGGAUAAUCAAAUCGAGCAAAGCGCGUUACUGAGCGAUCAAAAGCUGAACGACAUGAAUAAAGUGAAUGAUGACUUCUUCGAGCCUAAAGCGCCACGUAUCCAGUCAAGUCGAUUGAAAGACGUUUGGUUCAGAAAGGACGCGACGUAUCAUUUUGAUGAGAAAGAGUGGAUCAGAGUCAAAGACGAUCCUGACGACGAAGAAGGAAACACCAUUCUUGAGAUUUUCAUUUUCAACACAAUUCAUGCAAUUGAGUUUGUUUUGGGGUGUAUUUCUAACACCGCAUCAUACUUAAGACUUUGGGCUUUGUCUCUUGCACAUGCACAACUCUCUGCCGUGUUUUUGGAGUACGUCUUUUAUCUGUUACUUGGCCUGAACAAUUGUAUUACAACCUUCUUUGGGUUUGCGGUGUUUGCGAUGAUCACGUUGGGCAUUCUCAUAGGGAUGGAGUCGCUCUCUGCAUUCUUACACACUUUAAGACUUCAUUGGGUCGAGUUCCAGAAUAAGUUUUAUCUUGGUGAUGGUGUUCGAUUCGUCCCGUUUGCCUUUAAACCUACACAUUAA